AAGGAUUUGGUUGACCAAGAAAAAAUUUGCAUGAAGGGUCUUCUCACUUCUCUGAGAUUUGGUUAAGUAUAAGAGGAACCUGUACUAUGCCUGUCUCCGCAGAGCUCAAUUGUGUCUGCACCAUGGCCUGGAAUCUUCUCUUCUUAUUCCUCCUUCAUUGUACAGGUUCUUUCUCCCAACCUGUGCUGACUCAGUUACCCUCAGCCUCUGCCUCAAUGGGAGGCUCAACCAAACUCACCUGCACCUUGAGUAGUCAACACAGCACCUACACCAUUUCAUGGUACCAGCAAGAGCAAGACAAGGCUCCUAAAUAUUUAAUGUAUGUUAAGAAUGAUGGAAGCCACAGCAAGGGGAAUGGAAUCUCUGACCGCUUCUCUGGCUCCAGUUCAGGGGCUGAUCGCUACCUAAGCAUCUCCAAUAUCAUGCUUGAAGAUGAAGCUGUAUACAUCUGUGGUGCAUAUUAUAGCACUGGAGGACAAUUGUGGUAUGUUUUCGGCAGUGGAACCAAACUCAGCGUCCUAGGACAGCCUAAGUCCACUCCCAAAAUCACAGUGUUUCCACCUUCUCCUGAGGAACUUCAGACAAACAAAGCCACACUGGUGUGUCUAAUCAACGACUUCUACCCGAGUGCUGUGACAGUGGCCUGGAAGACAAAUGGUGCACCUACUACUGAUGGUGUGGCCACUGUAAAACCCAGCAAAGAGGGCAAGAAGUAUGUGGCCAGCAGCUUCCUGAGUUUGACACCAGAGCAAUGGAAAUCGAACAAUCUCUUUACCUGUCAAGUAACACAUGAAGGGGACAUUGUGGAGAAGAGUGUGUCCUCUGCAGAAUGUCUCUAGGAGCUUAGCCUUCUCUUUAUCCUGGGAAGCCUGGAUCUAGAGGACCCAGAUUGGGGUCUCAUCUCUAUAUAGCCAUCUCAACCCUUCUCUUACCCACUGAAUGUUCAAUAAAAUAUCAUUAGUUAAUCAGA